AUGGAAAAAUCAUUCGACGGCGGUGGUAGUGCGACAAAAGAAAUAGGUACGGCUUUAACUCGGAUUUGCCUUCGACAUAAAGCCGUAGAAGCUAGAAUGAAAACUUUUACAAGCGCCAUUAUGGAUUGUCUCAUAUUGCCUCUACAAGAAAAAUUGGAAGACUGGAAAAAAAUUGUUAUUAAUUUAGAUAAGGAACAUGCCAAAGAAUAUAAAAAAGCUCGAACUGAAUUAAAGAAAAGAUCAACGGAUACGUUAAGAUUACAAAAAAAAGCUAAAAAGGGGGGGAAAUGUGGGGAACUUCAAAGAAGAGUAGAAACAUCAUUACAAGACGUUACUGAAAAGAAACACAUUCUCGAAGAAACGGAGAAAAAAGCUUUGAGAUCCGUUUUGAUUGAGGAAAGAAGUCGUUUUUGUGUUUUUGUUGGAUUUUUUAGGCCCGUAGUCCGUGAAGAAAUAGCCAUGUUGUCGGAAUUGACUCACAUACAGGAAAUGAGCGAACAAUUGGAUAAAAUCAGUGCGGAUCCUCACAUUUUACCCCCCGCGAGCGAACAAGUCAUACAAGAUCUCAAAGGUUCGGAUUGUUUUUGGUCUUUUCAAACCCCACCGAGCAGUCCAAGUUCUCUCGGUUCCAGAAAAUCAAGCAUGUGCAGCAUAAGUUCAUUAAAUAGUUCUUCCAGCGGGAGCAGCAAAUGUCAUAAUUCACCUAAUCAUUAUUGGCAAAGAUCAAUAUCUCAAAAUGAUCCCUUAUCUGUAGGCGUUUUUCCUCGCCUAUCGAGUAUCUCAUCUCAAGAUUCCGGAUUUAGAUCUCAAGACGCUUUGUUUCUUAAACACAUACCAUCGGAUACUCAGGUGUCAAACACGUCUGAUUUGGGUGAAAAUAAAAAUAAUAAUAUUUCUGCUUCAAAUGUUGUUGAUUCUUCAGCAGCUUCCAUCAAUUCCACUUGGCCCAAUUCUCAAGAAACUCUUCAGUUUGAAAGGGCGGCAUCUGCCAUUUUAAAAGAAAGACCUCACACCAUAUCGUCAGCAUAUGAGAGAGGUCAUCAACGGCCUUCUCUUACCGUUUACACAUUCCGGGCACCCGAAGCAAGUCUUUCACAGCCUACCAGCCCAGUGUCUUUGACUACAGCAGUAAGCGAUUCAACUUCUUCUGCAAGUCCUCCAGUUUUGUCAAAUAGCAGCACUCCUCAUGUCUCUCCGCAGUCCGUCUACGGCAGACCUCCUAUACCUCAACGUUGUUCUUCCCUCGAACGUCCAAACAUUCCAUCUAAAAAUACAUUACCUAAUGGACAAAUUAAGACUGAUGCAAUUAAAACAGGUCUUUCUAAGGUUCAAACUCGUUUGCAGCCUGCAGACCCACUUCAACCUCCCAUGUAUGUCAAUAUGAGUGAACUUGCUACAUUGGCAGCUUCUAAGGCUCAAGAAAUGGCAAUAAGUUUACCUCCUCCUCCUCAGGAGCUCACAGACUCGAUAUAUGAAAAAAUUAAAAAUGUAGAUGACGAGGGGCGUUUAAAUGAAAAUUUAAUUGAUUCUUCUGCUUCUUCUUAUGAACAUGGAAAUCACAAUAUUUAUUCUCAAGAUGAUAAUCCAAAUGGAGCCCCAGGAUUUAUUGGUGGAAGUAUAGCUGGUACCUUGCCGAGAAAAGGAAGUUUUGGGGGUUGUAAACCUCCUCCACCGGUACGUAGAACGGCUUCUAUAUCAAGUACUUCAAGAAAACCUCUGAUAGGAAACUGUGAAACAACUGGUAGCUUAUCACCUUUUAGUGGAAAGUUAUUACAGAGAGGAAUAUCAAGUCCGGGACAAAAUUUUUUGGAAUCUCUAAACGCUAAGCUAGCCAUUCAACAACAAGUUCAACAAAAUCAGAUAAAAAUACAUAACGCAACCAGAGUGAGACAAUUAUUUGCUGGAAAAACUGUAUCGGAUCCAACCAUUUGUCACGAUUCCCUGAUGGAUCAAAUAAAAAAAGGCACAUCGUUGAAAAAAACAAGAACGGUUAAUGACAGAUCAGCUCCGAAAAUUCAUUAA